CAGCCUUAAUGUUAACCUCAACCGUCGUUUCAAGCUUCAAUUAGCUAUCACUCAUAGAUUAAUUGGUCUUGAUAAUUUAUGGGUAUGCAUGAAAACCUUAUACAAUAAUGAAAAGACCAUCUUUUUGCCAACGAACCUUCUCUUUGGACCACAUUGCUUCGUUAUUACAAAAGUGCUUAAAGCCAAAAACCUUGAAACCAGGCAAGCAACUUCACGCUUGGUUGUUAGUUACUGGGGCUAAUAUGGAAUUUUUGUCUCUGAAUUCAAAGCUUGUUGGAAUAUAUGCUGGUUGUGGAGACUUGAAAACUGCUGGUUUCAUGUUUCAAAAAAUCAAAACCCGAAAUGUUUUUGCUGUGAAUUGGAUGGUUUUAGCUUCUGCUUUUAAUGGCUACUUUAAAGAGGCAAUUGGGUACUUUUCUUUAAUGUCGGAAUCAAUAAACCUUUGCAAUAAGUUCACUUUUUCUGUCGUGUUGAAAGCUUGUGUCGGGUUGAUGGAUUUGAAUAAAGGAAAGGAGGUUCAUGCUGUUGUUAACAAGUUGUGUUUGGAAAGUGAUGGAAGUGUUGGCAAUGGUUUGAUAGAUAUGUAUUGUAAAUGUGGAAAUGUGGGUUAUGCAAGGAAAGUGUUUGAAAGAAUAGUCGAGAGAGAUGUUGCCUCUUGGACAUCCAUGAUUUCUGGUUAUUGUAAUGUCGGAAAUAGUGAAAAAGCGCUUGUUUUGUUCGAGAGGAUGAAGUUGGAAGGGUUGCAGCCCAAUGAGUUUACAUGGAAUGUGAUGAUAGCAGGGUUUGCUAGGAGGGGAGAUAUCAAUGCUGCAUUAUCUCUUUUUGAUAAAAUGAAUAAAGAAGGACUGGUUCCUGAUUUGGUUACUUGGAACGCUAUUAUUUCAGGUUUUGCUCAAAGUCAGUGUCCUUUCGAAGCAUUGAACUUGUUUGGGAAUAUGUUAGUUUCUGGGAUUAAACCAAAUCAUGUGACUUUAACUGGACUGCUUCCAGCAUGUGGAUUGACAGGGUCUGUUCAAAAAGGUAGAGAAAUUCAUGGCUUGAUUUACAGAUUGGGACUUGAUGUCAAUGUGUUUAUUGCAAGUGCUUUGAUUGACAUGUACUCCAAAUGUGGCAGCGUGAAAGAUGCUAGAAAUGCAUUUGACAAUAUUCCUAGUAAAAAUGUGGCAUCAUGGAAUGCUUUGAUAGGAUGCUAUGGAAAGCAUGGCAUGGUCGAAUCUGCAAUAGAACUGUUUGAGAGGAUGCAGGAAGAAGGUCUGCAGGCCAAUGAUGUGACUCUAGCUUCUGUUCUUUCUGCGUGCAGCCACAGUGGUCAAGUCGAGGAAGGUUUAAAGAUAUUUAAGUCGAUGAAACAGAGUUUUGGGAUUGAAGGUGCCAAAGAACAUUAUGCUUGUGUUGUUGAUAUGUUAUGCCGUUUGGGGAGGAUUGUAGAAGCUUAUGAAUUGGUGAAGGAGAUGCCAUUUGGAGUUACAGACUCAAUUCUUGGUGCUUUCUUCAAUGGUUGUAAAAUUCAUGGGAGAAAAGAUUUGGCUAAAUUGAUGGGCGAACAAAUUCUAAAAAUGGAAUUGAAAAAGCCAGGUGGUUUUGUUACACUAUCAAAUAUAUUUGCGGCUGAUGGAGAAUGGGAAGAGGUUGAGAAUGUAAGAAAGGUCAUGAAAGAAAAGAAGAUCCAUAAGAAGCCUGGCUUUAGUUCGGGUUGACAGAGGGUGGCUUUGUUGGGCAACGAGUAGAAAAAGAAAGCACCAAAAGGAAAUUUCUGAACGAUUUUUUGGGCUGAGAAGAUGCAGACGAGGUAAAAACAGCAGAAGAUGAUGGAGAAUCUACAGAUGUGGUUGCUUGUGUCAAGGGUUAAAACAGAUGGAGUUAGGAGUUGUGAACAUUUGACAGGAUUUAUUUUAAUGAAUACAUGUGCGUUGUCAUACUUAAAACAAAAUGUCACAAUUGUAAUAGAAGAUGUCGGAUCAUAGUAAUUAAUAGGGAUGUGUAGGGGGCGGGAGGGUGUAGUACUGUCUUACAAACACUCUGAAAAUAUUUAAUAUUAGCCCCCUUGGCCCCUGUCACUAAAAUGAC